GGAUUAGUCAAGCGCACAUCGUCUCCCAUUGUCCGACACGUGCUUUUUCCUAUCCACCAUGGAGUGGCAGUCCACGACGCAGAACAGCGGCAUCCCAUCGAGCACCGCCUACACCACGCCAUCGGGCUCCGCCGUCAGCAGCAGCGCCGCCGCCGUCCCAACACUAGCCCCACCCGCGCCGCUUUUCGGUGUCAUCGUCCCGGGAUGUCCGGUGCAAACGAACCUUGCGCAAAUCGACAGCGGUAGGUGGUCGCUGCAGCUCGGCUUUGCCCCCGAGAGCUUCGUUGUGUUCCUCACCAUGGCCGAGCCGCUGCCGCCGGGCUACGGCAUCGGCCUCUUUCUCGCACGAGAGGACACAAUGAGCUUCCAGUACGUUGGCGCGCUAACGCAGCAGCGGGCGAGCACGAUUCUGCGAGUGCCCACCGCCUUUUUGAAUGCGGAUCAGCCGAUUCGGGUGGUGCUCGGACUGGCGCUUGAGCGUGAGGAGGAGCUCCUAAACCUCGGUGCCACGCAGGAGCAGCCGCUGCAGCAGGUGCGCGCGGCCACGAAGGUCGCCAUUGCGGAGCGCAUUUUGGAAGAUCUCUACGGCUUUGUCGCCAGCUACGCGCGGUCGAUUAACUGGAAUAGUGACUGCGCUGGCGGGUACGGUAAUAAUGGUCUGGCCGGACUGGAGCCUGGCGAUUACGUGGUGAUGCCAACAUCCUUCGUGGACAAGUGGCGGACCCGUGUGCAGACGAAGAUACGGAAGGACGCGUCUUUUUGGCAGUGA